AUGACAUCAUUAGUACGCAAUUAUGUUUACUGGCCAAACAUCGAUGAUCAAAUCACAAUCCUUGUGCGUGCUUGUCAAGAAUGUGCCUCAGUUGCGAAGGCCGACCCAAAGACGAAGCUUGAAUCGUGGCCGACACCUGAGAAACCUUGGCAGCGAGUACACGCGGACUUUGCCGGUCCUAUCAACGACACCUACUUUCUACUAGUUGUGGACUCAUUCUCCAAGUGGCCGGAAAUCAUUCCGAGCAAACGCAUUACCACAGCUGCUACCGUUUCGAGUCUUCGCAAAAUAUUUGGAAGAUUUGGGAUGCCGGAAGUUUUGGUGACGGACAACGGCCCGCAGCUCACCAGUGACACCUUUGAAGAGUUUUGCGAGGCAAAUGGGAUCAUGCAUCUCAAAACGGCACCAUUUCAUUCAUAA